ACUGCGAAUAUGUUUUUAGUAAAGAUGUUUAAAAAAAUAUUUUUUUUAACGAUCGUUCUUGCAAUAUUUUAUAUAAUUGCGACAAGACCUGAAUUGCCGCAAUCUGAAACGUCACCUAUUGAUAAACCUGUGACCAAAAAAUAUGUUAUUAUGUUCAAACCGAAAACCUCAGAAAAAGUAAUGGACGAUGUAAAACUACAAAUUGUGAAUAACGGAGGAUCUAUAUAUUUAGAGUACUAUAUGAUCAAGGGUUUUGCAGCUGAAAUACCAGAAUCUUUUGUUCAAACUCUUGAACAUAAUCCUAACAUAAACUCUAUGGAAGAGGAUCAACUUGUACACACAAUGAAAUAAAUGGACGAUUAUAGUUUCCUUCUUUUUAAAGAUAAAGAAUAAUUUAAUUUAUAAUAUAUACUGUAUAUUUUUUUUUAUAACAAAGAAGCAAGAUUUAAUGUUGAUGUUGAUCUGUAAUAGUAUACUAUAUAAGUACUAUAUACUAAUUUUAAUUUAUUAAAAUCAGGUUUCUAAUAAAAUAAUUAUAUAUUAUUUGCUGAUUGGUAAUAAUUUAAC